CAAUCAGUUGAAUUCAAUCAGAAAAAUACGAUGAAAAUCAUCCAAAAAAUUAUUUUAACCUUAUCCUUUUGAUCACUGCCACUUUAAGAGGAGCAAUCAAAAUCCAUUACGUAUCUUCUUUAUAUUAUUGAAACCAACCAUUCAUUCUCCAUCACCAGUUUCAUCGUUAACUUUCCUUUUCAUCACUUCACUCACAUAGCCGAGCCAUCAGUCAUGCCGUCUUCAGAUUCUUCAUCAUCAUCACCCCAGUAUCUCCAAUCCCUUUUGGCCAUAGCUCGUCCUUUUCUUCGAGGUGAACUCGAAUGCAUUGACAAGAAUUUGCCUUCCCUUGUUGCUGUUUUGCGUUCUGUUGGUGCCGGUGAGUGCUGGCAUAAACAUGGAAGUUUUCUUGAACAUCUUGUUGAUAUGUAUCGGAUUUUAAAGAUUUGGAAAGUGCCAGACUGCGUUUGUCUUUGCGGGCUUUUUCAUUCUGCUUAUUCAAACUCUUAUGUGAAUCUUGCCAUAUUUGAUCCCAACACUGGUCGUGAUGUUGUUCGUGGCCAUGUUGGCGAGGCCGCAGAGCGGUUGAUUCACUUGUUUUGUAUUGUGCCGCGUCAGCCUUUGAUUCAUGAUGAUCUUUUGUUCAAGUAUUCUGAUGGAGAACUGGUUGAACACCUUAAAUUGUCUGAAAUUUCAUUGCGGAAUGCUAAAAAGAAAGGCUUGUUCAACGGAGAGGAGGCUUGGAGGAAAAAGAUUAAUGCUUUAUUGCCUGCAAAUGGGAUAAUUGUGAAGCAUAUCAAGUCUGGGGAAGAUGUGUUGGUUACAAGAAGAGUCGUGGCUAUUUUUCUGAUGAUGACUAUUGCAGAUUUCAGUGAUCAACUCUUUGGUUUUCAGGAUUUCCUGUUUGAUAACUUUGAUGGUCGGCUUGAAUUUGUAGGGAAUAGUUAUACUUCUUUGUGGCCAGGAGAUGGGAAGCCUGGACUAUGGAUGAAUUCAUCAGCAAGAAUGGGUGCCAUUUAUAGUUUGAUUGUGAGAGAGGAAGAGAUUUUUAUUGAAGAGAGGAAAAGGGCUGGCGGUGUUGAGGUGGAUAAAGGGAGAGAUGAGGACAUUGAGCUUGUGAUACCACCGGUAUUUGAGAAUUGCACUAAAGUUUUGGGUGCAAAUGAACAAAUAGAGGGAACGGAUUUGUACUGGGAAGCUGUUUGUGAUGGUAACAAAAAGGGUUUAGACAAAGCUGAGGAGUUAUUGUUGAAGUGCAUUGAGAAGAACCCAUUUAUUGGUGAGCCGCAUGUGGUGUUGGGUCAGAUUUAUUUAUCAAAAGGGAGGUUUGAGGAAGCAGAGAAAGAGGCUGAAAAAGGGUUAACACUGCUGUUGGAAUGGGGGAGUCCUUGGGAUAAAAGAAUGUCUUGGGAAGGUUGGAUUGCUUGGAAUAGAGUUCUGUAUAUGAAGGCAAAAGAAAAGUCUUGGCCAGAGACAUCUUGGGGCAUCCUUAAUUUGGGACUUGUGAGGUAAAAUGACGAUUUGAUUGAUAUGUUCUUCCAGCAAGCACUAGUUAAAUUUGCUAAACCAAAAAUAAAGUUUGCUCUGUAGUGUGUAGCAGUCUGUAUGUUAAUGAUGUAAGGUGCCGCCUGUAGGCAGCAAAUUUAAGAUUUCCAUAAUUAGGAAUAAAACAUUCCUGUUUGUUAUGCUUGAUCUGAAAGAAAAUAUUUUUCAAUUUUCCUUU